GUUUGAAACGCCUGGCUUUGGGAGUUGUUUUUCCGAGCUGAUAGUGUUCUCCUCGAGGUCGAGCUGGGGCCCGGUAAGCGAUGCUAAUUAGUGGCUAAAUCGAGGCUCCAGCAGAUCUGAAUGCGCCGUUAGACAGCUCCGCUCAUUGGCCCCUCAGAGGUUUCUGGGCCAGCGACCCUGAGUCGGGCCCCGUCCCCACCGCUCGUGGAGAUGGGCUCUACUCAGAGCAUCUCAGGCACUCCAGCGCGGCCUCUGCCACACAACAAGCAUCUGGCUCGGGUAGCAGACCCUCGUUCACCUAGCGCCGGCAUCCAGCGCACUCCUAUUCAGGUGGAGAGCUCCCCGCAGCCAAGUCUGCCAACAGAGCAGCCGGACAGUCCUAAACAAGCCCAGGACCCAGACCCCCGCUCUCCUACUCUUGGCAUUGCACGGACACCUAUGAAGAUCGGUGCUGCAGACCCUCAGAGUCCCCUGGUGAGAGAACUAAGUGAAGUAUUUGAGACCGAAGCUUCCAAGUCCAUCUCCCCCGCAGAGCUAGCUCUGCCCCAGCAAGCACCUUUAUCUUCUGAACUGGACCUGCCUUUGGAGACUCAGUUAUCCCUAGAGGACCAGUUGCUGCCUUGGAGCCAGCCUGAACUCCCCUCCAAACAGGUGUUUACCAAGGAGGAAGCUAAACAAUCCACAGAAACUAUAAUUGCCAGCCAGAACUCAGACAAGCCCUCAAGAGAUCCUGAGACUCCCCAGUCUUCAGGUUCUAAGCGCAGUAGACGGAAAGCAAACAGCAAGGUGCUAGGGAGAUCUCCUCUCACCGUCCUGCAGGAUGACAACUCCCCUGGGACCUUGACAUUGCGACAGGGUAAACGACCUUCUCCUCUAAGUGAGAAUGGUAAGGACCUAAAGGAAGGAGUCAUUCUUGGAACUGGAAGAUUCCUGAAAACUGGAGGAGCAUGGGAGCAAAACCAGGACCAUGACAAGGAAAAUCAACAUUUUGCUUUAAUGGAGAGCUAGGUCCAUGCUGGAUUCACCCAGAGCCUGGUGAUAGUCUCUUCCCCAAGAGCACUGAGGAAAGUCUGGCUCCUCCCAGGCUACCACCUCUGGUACUUGGACGUUGUUUUGUUUUGUGUGUUUCUUUUCAUAUUAAAGGAGAUGGUUUUAAUUGAUGCUUUAGGAAGUUAGACAAA